AUGACUGAAUACGACGUUUUUCAAUCAAUUAGAUUUCCGUUUUGUUGGUGGCGCGAAGAUGAAUUUGUUAAUUUAUUUAGACUAUCCAAAGAAUCAGUUAAAAUGAUAAUUGACAUGAUACAACUCGAAAUGAAUUUUCAUGGGUAAGUUUUUAUUGUAAUUUUAAAAUAUGAAUGUAAAAAUAAAAGUAUUCUUUUCUAGGCAUAUUAUGUAUUUAAAAAUUAUUUUAUUUUGAAUUUGUAGGUAUCAUGAAUUGAAUAUAGACAACGAAGUCCUUUUUACAUUAAGAUAUUAUGCAACUGGUUCAUUGACUGCUGCGCUUAGAAGAUUUGAUGGAAUUUCUGUAUCUAAAGCCAAACGUAUUAUAAAAUUUGUUUCUAAUGCUAUUGUUACAUUAUAUAAAAAAUUUAUUAAUUUUCCCAAGAAUCAAGAUGAUUUAAGAAAAGUCAAACAAGAUUUUUUUAACAUUGCUGGAUUUCCAAUGGUAGUUGGUGCUGUAGGUUUUACACAAGUCAAGAUCCUAUCACCAGAAAGAGGCAUUGCUGAAAAGUACAAAAACAGUAAAGAUUUCUUUUCAAUAAAUGUUCAAAUAGUUAGUGAUGCCAAUUUAAGAAUUCAAAACAUUGAUGCUCAGUGGCCUGGUUCUUCACAGAAUUCCACCAUUUUUAAAAAUUCAUCAAUACGAGGAAAGUUUGAAAGGGGUGAAAUUAAAAAGGGUGUUUUAGUAGGUGAUAUUUACUUUCCACAAAGGAAUUAUCUUAUGACUCCAAUUGAAAACCCUCAUACAAUAAUAGACUUACCAACAAGUAUUACUGAAGCAGAUAUUUUCAAUUAUAAUGAAUCUUUAAUUCAUACAAUAAGUAUUGCACAAAGUACCCAUGAUGCUUGGAAAUGUCGAUUUCCUAUUUUAGCUAAAGGCAUUGAUUUAAGUAUUGCUUCAGUUCAAAAAAUAAUUAUUGCUACAGCAGUACUACAUAAUAUAGCUUGUCAAGGUAGAGAUGGAAUACCUAGAGUUUCAGAUGAAACGCAAUUGUUAAUUGAAAUCACAGACUUUAGCAACCCAGGUGAAAAUAUUGGUAAUAGAAAUGAAGUUAAUUCUAGAAGAAUAAAACUACUUCAAUAUUUUAAAAAUGUUUUAAAAGAAUAA